AUGGAAAACGAAGCCAGCGGUUUGAUAGACUCUUUCGUGGCCAGACACACUAUAGACCCAAUCUUACGCUCGGAUCUGCUUUCUCGUAAUCAAAAUGGCUCACGCCCUGACCAAGGCACACGGAUGGGGGCAGAGGUAAAAAAGACUGAAUACAUCAUAGCUUAUAGAUGAGGAGAGGGACACUGAUAUUGCUUUUCUGCAACUACGUAGCAGCUCUGCUGGGGCGGGAAGGGCGUUCUAAAAGUCAUUCUCAAUCACCAAAAUUGAAGCCGAGAUCGCAGCUUUUCUUGACUACGACAUAAAAACUGGAAAAAACUAUGAGAUAGAAUGAUCCGGCAAAUUUGAUCCCACAAGCUUGGUGAAAAUUUGAUUUCCUGUAUGACAAAAAGAUACCUUAGGGAAUUGCAAAAUAAACUCACGAAAAUCGUUGUUUUUUUCGCUGUUGCGACUGCCCCCUUGAGGUGCUUUGCGAUAUCUCUACUGGAAAAAUAUUACCAAUUUUCAUUUACCUAAAACAAAAACAGCUCAUAGAUUUAUGAAGCAUAAAAACGAGCAUUCCAAGCGGGAAAAAUGGGUCUGUAUCGCCCGCUCGAAGAGUUAGUCAUACAAUAAACAUUUCUGAAAAUAAUCUUAUUUUGUUUCAUUUCUCCAGAUUGCUGGGUCAAACAACAUUGCUAUCGACUCGCCUGUUGCGGGUUCAUAUUCGGGGAACAUAAGACCUUGCAAUGUUGAGUCUUUAGAGUCCACGAACAACAGUCCUCUUGCGUUGGUGCAAGGAGUAGCCAGAGCGACGGUCCAAAUGAACAGGGGAAUGCAAGAAAGAGAACAGCGUGAAUUGGAGCGGGAACAACUUCAAAGGGACCAGGAAAGAAGGGAAAGAGAGAUUAGAAUGAGACAAAAUAGAGAAAUGAUAGGAAGAGAGAGAAGGGAAAUAAGAAGAUCUAAUGGAUGGAGAGAAUGGCAAGAAGCAAUUCCUGGACCUUGGUGCUCAUGCCACCUUGAAGAGGUGACUAACAUGUUUUUCUUUAGUUUCUUUCCUUCUAAAUUGACCAGCAAGUUGUCUUUCCUUGCACCUGCUCGGGGAAAGUUGAAAUGACUCAAGCGACCAUCGACGGCAUUUGGAAAAAGAAAAAAUUACGAUAUGAAAACUGAGAAAGAAAUAACCCGUGAACAAAUAAAACUUCUGUUGAUCCCGUUUUUUAAACUCCAGUUACUGCAGUUUUGCCCGUUGCCCAUCAUCACUUCUUUCCACAUCCCUUUUGAAAUUCUUAGUUUUACCUUUUUUUUUCUUGUUUCAGUUUGUAGGAGACACCAUAUGCAGAAGAUGUGACAGACAGAGAUACUUGUAAGUCUAUAGCCCUACCCAGCUAAUUCGUGUAAUAAUGCUCACUAUUCAGCAAAGUUGGUGCCACAGUUGAUAUUGUUGCUGUUUAAACCUAGUUUUUAGGAUAUCAUUACAGCAAUUUUUAAAUUCUGAUUCUGUGACUCCGAAAAGGACAAAAGUAGUCUGUUAGCGCCAGUCAGUUCAAGUAGCAACGUUAUGGGUAGAUUUUUGUAGAGGACCUCUGGUAGCAGUAUAUUGUACUAAAGAAGUCCUUUUUUUUCUCCUGGCACUAACAGAGAAAGAAACAGUGUUGCUACCAAUGCAGUAGAAAAUUUGGAUCAACGUUUUGGUCAAUCUGGUGACUCAGUGACGAACAGAAGCUAUGGCAGCUCUUUGCUUGAAUUGGAACAACGCGUGGAAGAAGCGUGCGCCUCGGUGGAAAGAGUGUUGAGAGAGAGAGAAAGUGCAGAGUUUGGCCGGGAAAUUGAAAGAAAAGAGCAUGAAAUACGAACAGAAAGAGCACGGAAGAAGAGAGGAAGGGAGGCAAGACAGCUCCCCGGAGUUAGCAUGUGGCCUCAGCAGCCAUUUCAUGCACUUCUGUGUAACUUUAGCGAGCAGUGUGAGGAGGUAAGUUAACUGAGGGCCCUGUUAUUAUUCAUCACCUGAGGAGGAGGGGUUGAAGGAUAAGGGGGGGCAAUCACGUUGUUUUCAGGAUCAGAUGGUGGGACUCUGGGAUAUUGACUGCCAAUGAAGGGUGGAGGGGGGGGGGAAUCAUUAGAAUUCUAGAAAGACUUGGGUGGAGGGGAAUCAAGUACAUUUUAUUUCUACAAAUCCAAAGUUCUCCGUCCCUCGCCCCACUAUCACCCUUACGAUUUGUAAGGACAGGUCCCUGAGCACCACGAUGAGGGUAAUAGAAAAUCUUCUGCUCAAAAAUUGCUCUACAUCUCUUGAUAGCCGCCUUGUAAUAUUUUCCGCACGAGUGGCUAAUUGUGAGUGGCUAGAAUUGACCGAGCUAUCAUUCGCUUAUCAAAAGUUUAUCGAUGUUAAUAGGCAUGUUUUUUUUCAUUUUAGAAUCUAAGAGGCGAAGGUUCUGGAAGACAGAGGUAAGUACAAGCAGACUGAAUUCUGUAAUAUGCGCACUUUUUUGACUCCUUUGGAUAAAUAGGUCUUCCCAGUCUGGCUCAUGCUAAACAUUAAUUAAUCAGUUUGUUCAUUAAUUAAACUGUUAGGAAAUGAAGGAUUCUUUUAAUACGGGAUAAGGCUAACUACAGCUCCUUCUUUGUUUAGAAUUGUAAUGGAUCACCCUCUGAAUCACGACAUCUCCAAAUGUGAUGUUUGUCUGAACAAACGGCUUCAAGGAAAACCCAAAUGCAUUCCACAGUCGGGACAAGAUGAAUGUUGCAUCUGUUUGGAGGUAAUGACUGAGAUCAAAGGCCCUGAUUUUAGCAACUGCAGCAAAACAAGAUUGAUAAACGCAUAUAAGGGUCACUUGAUUGGCGUCUUGGAGGCUAGAUGGCUAAUCACUGAGUAAAGCAAAAUAGAUAUAAGUGUAGCAACCGAAUCAAAUGGAAGGGCUGUAAAAAUUACUACUAACACACUUAAAGUAUUUCGAGCACAGGUGGAUCGAUUAAACAGUUCCUUGUCUGAAUGACGGGCUAUCAUAUCAUCAUAUUUCCUUUCUUAGAGGGACUUAGAAUUGAUACAAUUCAAAUGUUAACCCUCUUUGAUAGACCAAAUUUUCCUUUUCAUCCCUUUUUGAGAUCCUCCAAUCGAUCAGUCAAUCAAAGAACUAAUCGCUCCGUCGCCUCUGAUAGUGACAUCCGCUCCGUUUAUCUCAGCACGCCAGUUUCUGUUACCAACAACUGUCCUUUUCAGGACUGCAUCAACAUACUGAGUACGUGUGAGUCAAUUGAAUGAUAAAUGAAAUCGUUUUUCCCAUUAACUGCAGGACGCCCUCAGUGGUUAUCAGAUCCUGCCAUGCUCACACAGGGUUCACAGAGAGUGUGCUAUUGCAAUGAUACAGAAUGGCGUGUAAGUACACCCAAGAAGUCCGCACAUCUAUAGUGAUAAGUGUUGCUACCGGAAUAAGAUGAUUGUUAAUCAGUGCACUUUUUGAUGUCCAGCCACUUUGUUAGAUUUCGUGUCCAAAAUCACCUCAAUGGUACAAAAACUAUUAUAGAUAAAAAAGGUAUGAGUCAUAGGUUGGUCUAAACUUCUCCUUAGUAUCCCCUUAAAAUUUAUUCAGGAUUCAGCUUAUUCUACUCAUUUUUAUUUCAGCCGCUGCUGCCCCAUUUGCCGUCAUCAACAUCUUGGUCUGACGUAGUGCACCAACCACACAGAAUGGAUAUUGUUUUGAAAUGA